AUGAUUUUGAAUGUGAGAAGAAACUUUGAGAAAAAAUAUACGUCAUUCAACAAUGCAAGCAAUCCUUUGCGAUCUUCUGGUCUCCCAGGCAGUAAUGGUAGGAAACACUCAAAGUUCAAUAAUAAUUCCCAGAACUCUGAAGUGGUGUUCACGUCUCGGGAAGGUAACUGGUUAUGUAGUCACUAUAAAAGACAUUGUUUUGUUAAAUUUGAUUGUUGUGAGCAGUUUUAUCCAUGUCAUCGUUGUCAUAACAAUCAAAGUGCGUGUGGCAACAAGAAGCUUAAAUCACGUGAUGCAGUAGAUGUGAAAUGUGCUUAUUGUAGCAACGUACAAAAGUUUGGUGAAAAGUGCACGAAUUGUGGUGUUAAAUUUGCCAAAUAUUUCUGCGCUUUAAGUAAACACCUUACUGGCAAAGACGACCAUCCUUAUCAUUGCGAGAAAUGUGGAAUUUGCAGAGUUCACAGAGAUCGUUCUUUUCAUUGCGAUGUUUGUAAACUACAACUGCGUGGUAAUCAUAAAUGUAGAAACUCCGCACAUGAUGGUUGUAUAUGUUUAGAGGAUGCUUUCACAGGUUGUCAAAUAUUACCAUGUUCUCAUAAAGUUCAUAAAGAAUGCGCCAAUGAAAUGAUUCGAAGAGGAAUAACACGCUGUCCCAUUUGUCGUGAAAGUUUUGCUCAUAAACUUGAAAAGAAAACUCCAUCGAAGAGACGUCAUGGUGGAAGACAUAAAUGACAAGCAGCCAUUAGAUAGAUUUACAUUUUGUCCUUCGAUCUGUAUUUCUAUAUUGGCUGCUUUUAAUUUGAUUAUAGAAAACGAUGAUUUGUGUUUUUAUGAUUUUGUUAAAUUCCUCUGGAGAUGUGAUUUUAGCGUGUUGCCUCAAAACUGUUUUUUCACAUGAGAGAUGAAUCAGCAUUUGAUCUUUUGACCGUUAAUGGAACAACUGUGGAAACACCUAUAGAUGAUAAUGCAGAGAAAAGCAUAAACUCUACGACGAACCUUGGUCUGGAAGCAACUUUUAUAAACCAAAAUUUCUCACAGCAAGUCUUGAAACUCUCAGAGGAAAAAGAGAAGUUUGAUAAACCAAAUCCUUUCAUUGCUGAAGAUAAUGAAGAAGAAGAAAAGGUGGCAUCCGUUCGUUACAGAAUGCAAAAGUGGAAAUAAGCAAUAUUUCAAAACGUAUCUUGGUCGUGCAGAACUUCUCGCUGGCUGGCAGGGAAGACGCUCCCCAAUCUGAGUCACAGAAACCUGUAAGUUUAAGUUGUGAAUCUUAUUUUUGAAAGACUAAUCCAACCUCUUGUGUCCCUUUUAUAUAUCUUAAAACAUGUUUGGCAGUGGAUAAAUCGGCUUGUGUGGGUUCAGACAUUUUCUGAGAUAGUUUUGUAAUAAUAUAACAUAAAUCUGGUCUAGUUCCAGUUAUCACAUAUAUUAAGCUUCCUACGAACAUAAAACGUUUCGAUCAUAUCGACCAUUUGAUAAUUUGUAGCCUGUCAAGAAAAAUGGAGAAAAUGAUUAAAAUAGAUUUUUUACCAUCA